AAACUAGGGCGACGUCAAACGUCAAAUAAUUCCAAUUCCAAGUGAUUGAAGAUUCCAAUAAAUAUAAAUUUUCAGUGUAUUGUUUCAUAUAUUAACUUCGUUUACUUUCAUUAACCAAAAAGGUUUCUAUUUGAGAGAAGAUUUCAGUGUGCAGUAAAGUUCUCUAUUUUUGAAUAAGUUUCUGGGAUUGUUAAAUAUAUAAUUAGGACGUGAAAAAAAAUCAUAACAUUUUUAAAUUUAAGUAAAUCGAGGAUGUCUAAUAUAUCAGUUGGGACAAUUCUUUGGGAUGCGCAACGGAUGUCUAAUCGUGUAAAGGAUUUGGAUGCGUUAGGAAGUGCCUUAUUAGUUGAAGCAGAGGGUAAUAAUAGACUUGUUGACAAUUUGCGUCAUUAUCAAGGAGAUAUCGAAUCACUAAAUCGUAUAUCAAACAACAAGUCGAACGCAGAUAUGGUAAAUCGAAUACAUCAACAGAAUGCAAACAGUUCUGAAAUACUUAAAGAAAAUCGUGAACUAAAGGUUUGCAUUGAAGAUUAUGAACGCGCAAUGGAAUUAAUAAUGCAAAAAUAUCGUGAACAUACCGCAAAUAAAGUAUUAGAAAACAAAAUUAAUUUUAAAGAAGUAUAUAACGAACGUUUAUGGAGUAUAAUUUAUGAGCAAAGAGAAAAAAUUAACGAAAUGGCUGCUGUUAUGCAUCGCGCAGCUUAUUCAGAUGACGAAUCUGUUAAUAAUGAUUUACAAAUAAUGUCUCGAUUACGUUUAGAGAACCAAACGUUGCGUGAACUUUUGCAAAUUUCAACGCAAUAUGGAACUGCUAGUAAUCCAAUACGCUUCAACGAACAUUUACUUCAGGAAAAAGGUGUGCAAACAGAAUCUGUGGACGGUGGUGAUUCCGCGGAUGAGUUAUCCUUAUCGACAGCGUCUGCUGAAAACACAAAUAAUAAUUCUGUUAUUCAAGUCAGCAUAAACACACCUAACAAUAUUAAUCCUGUUUUAACUGCCAACGUUGCUAUACAUGCCACAGUUACAGAUAACGCCCAGCAACAAUUAGCUGAUUCAGCAGAGAACAAUAAUGGACCACCAUUUAAAAAUAAUAGAGUUACUUCAGCUGCACCUGCCCAAAUUAAUGAUAGCAUUAGAACAAUAACACCAGAUACUCCGUCCGAUAUCUUAGUACCAACUGCAGUUAAUACGACGAACGUGCUUUCCACUUGUGCUGAUACAGUUAAAACAACAGCUAAAGCGAGCGCAACAUGAUAGAAAAUAAAAUUGUUUAUUUUGAGGAAAACGGUUAUAUACUUUAUUUCUUUUCUGAAUAUAUCUAAUAACAGAAUGAGAAUUUAUUUAAAUAAAAUAAUGCAUUUAACGAAAAAGUAUCACAAAAUGUAAAAAUAAUAUGACUAUAAUUCACUCACCACUAAAACAUGAAAGCUAAUGGAAUUCGCCGUUAUGCAAAUUACUUCAAUUUGGCAUAUAAGAUAAAUAUGUAUAUCUAAUCUUUUCACACAUAACAAAUUAUUUAAUAGACAUAUCUUUUUAAUUGCAUCCGAACAUAAUUAAGUUAACACAAAAUUUACGUAUAAAGUUAAUUGCAAAAAUUUAUUUUAUUUUUAAGUAGAGGAACAAAAUGAUGUAGUGUUAUAUGAAUACAAAUCAAUUUUAUUUAAUUUCUUUAAAUUUAUCAAAUUAAAAUCUAAUAAAUAAUAACAAUAAUAAAAUUUAUA